UUGAAGGAAACUGAUUAUGGGUUCAGCCUGUUUGGUGGUAUUCUUAAGAGGGGUUAUUAUCCUGAUAUAAUCACUUUCACCAGUUUGAUCAAGGGGUUGUGUUUGCAGGGAAAGAUUCAGUCUGCCGUUAAGCUGUUUGACAAAAUGAUUGAAAGGGGAGUUGAACCGAAUACAAUCACAUGUAAUACCAUAAUAAGUAAUAACUGGGAUCUGUAGAGUUGGUGAAUUACACAAUGCGCUUGAGUUGCUGAGAAACAUGGCUAAAUGGAAUUGUGAAGCUACUACUGUGUCUUAUAUUGUGAUUAUGGAUGCUUUAUGCAAAAGAGGAUUUGUUGAUGAGGCUCUGGAUCUCUUUUCUGAAAUGGUAGCUGUUUCGAAAGUGCACCAGAUGUCGUUGUUGAGUGAAGCGAUCAGACUCUUCGAUAUCAUGUCUAGUCGGGGAGUUUUUGCGGAUUCAUAUACCUACAAUUGUCUAAUUCAUGGACUUUGUAGGCGUGGGUUAUGGAAGGAAACAAUAAGAUAUUUUGACGAAAUGGUGGGGAGUGGGAUUUCGCCAAAUGUAGUUACUUUUAACGUAUUGAUAGAUUCUCUGAGUAAAGAAGGGAGGAUGGAAGAAGUUUCCAAGUUAUUUGAUGCGAUGAUUAGGUCAGGAAAAGAACCUGAUGUUAUGACCUAUAAUUCUAUGAUGAACGGUCUGUGUUUGAUUGGUAAACUCGAGGAGGCACAGAGAUUGUUUGACUCAAUGGCGGAUAACUGA